UAAGUUAGAUUUUGAAAGGGUAGUCAAGGUUAUAUCGUAAACUCGCCUGUUUAUCUUAAUGAUUUACUUAGAGUUUGAAAAUUCAAACAAAGAACUUUAGGAGCAAAAGUUUAAAUAAGUGUUCAAGAUAUUUACGUUAAUCUUGUACAGAAGCCUACGUUUAAGAGGACAAAGGAUGGAGACAUAUAUUUCUAUAGUGACCAUAUUCAAAUAACUGAGUGAUCUGCACAUUUGAGUUUUUCGAGCUUUUUGAUCCAUUUGGUUGUGACCUUGCAAAAGACGAACUUCAAUUGAAAUAAGGUAGCCCAACACAUCCGCUACUCAAGAUGCUUUCAAGAUGAUGGAUAUUCAGUCCCCAUCAUGUUUUAGGACCGCCAUACCUCGCAAUUCCUCUGCGGGUUCCCUUGCGAUCGCAUCUCAAGUAACAGAGAGAGACGACUCUGCAAAAUACGUGUUCAGUCGCAGCAACAGCUAUAACGGCAACAUGGUUGUGGAAAAUCAGUCAAUGAACUUUCGUCCAAUGACCCCUGACCCCCAUCCUGAUACUGUUCAAAAUAACGAUUCGAUGAAAUUGGACCUGAGCGAAAAAAGUACAGUUUUACCUCCUGAAGGUGCAUUGACUCCAACUGAUGAACCUGUCUCAAAGAAGCCAAGAUUUCAAAUAUCAAGCGAGGAAUACGCCUCACAGCAGGUGAAUCACAUUGAACAAGAAGUACAUAAAGAUGAAAAUAAGCACAGCUUCUCCGACAUAAACGGUUUGAGGGAAUUGAGUGAAUCUUGCGACUCAAUUGAUGCAGCCCAAUUUGGCACUAAAAGAAGACGACUAUCGGAAUCUGUACAAAUAAAAAACGCAGAAUCAUACCUUGAGAACGCUUGCAAAGCUGUUCUUGAUAAAAGUCCAACAAUGCAUAGUCCUAAGGCCAUAUCUGACAUUGAUUUCGAUGGUGCCAGCACUGACAGUCCGAGUGUUAGUAUCAGCGGUGAGAGACGAAGACGUAAGCCGAAUUUGGAAGAUAUCGUACGACGAAUGAAAGAAGUAGAAACAGACUAUGAUAGUGAAGAAAGUGAAAUAGAAGAAGAGAGAUAUGUUAUGAGAGGACAAAAUGAAGAAGGCAUGGAUGAAGUUGAUGGUGAUUUAGCUGUUCGAACAACGCAACUAUCAAAUACAUUGGAACACCUCCAGAACAAUGCACGGUCACUUUACAACAAAGCUAUAAAUGAAAACAAUAACAUCAUCAACAAAGCGCAUGAUUCUGAUGUAGACAAAGAGAAUCACAGCCAUGAAGAUGAUGACAUGUAUGAAGACGGCAUUCCGCUUCCAGCAAAUACAAAACCUGACACUAACAAAGAGAACAGCCAGUCUGUCAUCAAACAAAUUGGGCGAGAGACUCCCCCACCUCACAGUCACGGUGGAAGCUGGAUGCCCGGGCAGUUCAAUGGCUUCCCCAUGUUUCCCUUCCAAUCAAGUCCACCUGAGCUUCCGUUUUCCAAAUUUAUGAGCCCGUAUGACAGCAAGUUUAGCUCACCUGAGCUCGAGAAAGAUUACCUUAAGUGUCAAUAUUGCGAACGAACAUUUAGAAGGCAGAAAAAUCUUGAAAAUCACAUUGAGAACACGCAUCAUGGCAAGAGUCCGGUCAGAAAAAAGUCAGGGGAAGGUGACAUGUACUUCAAGUGCACUCACUGCCCCUACACCACAAAACACCAAAGCAAUCUCUACGUGCAUCUGAGAAUUCACACAGGUGCGUUAUCUUGUGAGCGUCCCUACAUUUGUGGAGCUUGCGGUGUUCAGUACAGCCAGAGCCAUAGUCUCAAGUCACAUAUCAUCAACAAGCACGACGGCAUAAUGUCCUACUACAUUAAAGAAAAGCGGACCCGCUCACCACGAGGCCUUGGUUAUCUCGCCACCCAGCCCAUCCCGGGUGAGUCCCCAGUGUUCAAGAUGCCUGCAUCCCCCAUGAUGCACUCUGGCUUCCACUCCAGCAUGAACGGGCUUCAUCUCCCGCCUACAUCAUUACAGCAGCAGCAGAGCUCGCUCAAGCUUUCCCCACAAGGGAAGUAUGGUUUAUCGCCUCACAUAUCGUCCAUGCCCUCAUCACCCAUGAUGUCCCCUGGCAGUCAAGCCCCUGCCCUCCAGAAGGCUCCUAUAUCCCCGGGGAAUCCACAGCUGUCCCCCAGUGGCCUGGUCCCACAACCUCAGAUGUCCCCACAGUUCGGGAUGCAUCGUCCUCCAUUUCCACCAAUGCAUCGCUUGUUCCAAGAUAAUGGGGAAAUAACCCAUCAGUCGCUAGAACUGGCCAAAAUGGGGCUGAUGAAUUUCCCGUUUUAUGGCAAACAUUUUGCUGGAAAAACUAGUCCCCCAUUCCCAAUGAAUGGACACAGUCCGCUUCCCCUGCCAUUCCACAAUGGACUCAGCAGCCAAAGCAUACGACCACCCCAUCCAUUGGAACAUGGACUGGUGCAUAAUGUUAACGGGCAUAAUACCCAGCAGCAAUACCAAAAACCACCGACAAAUCCAUUGCAAGAAAUCCACAACAAUCGCCACAAUGAGUUGGACGAUGGUGCUAUCGACCUGAGCAAGAAGUCGAUGGACGAAGCCCUUGACCUGGCAAUGUCGGACAAAUCCACUAAAUGUUUGUCAGCUGACAGCUCAAAAUGUCCAAAUUGCCUGCACUUGCUGAAGCUUAAGAUGCUACGGAUGAAUGUUGUGCGAAUGUUGAGCAUCCUGGUGCCCAAUUUGAAUUUUGAAGAAAAAGGGAUCAACGCAGAGGGCGACUCGGUCGAUGAUCUGCUACGCGAUGUGAUUGAAAGCAAUAUUCAUGAUGAUGAUGGCCAUGAGUAAAUAUCAUUCAUUCAAGGCUACAAAGUAAGAAGAUGAAGAAUGCAGCAAAGUCUUGCAGCAGUGGUUCAUAAACCUACGGCAAAGUCUGGCAGCAGUGGUUCAUAAACCUAUGGCAAAGUCUGGCAGCAGUUGUUCAGAAAAAUAUGGCAGAGUCUGGCAGCAGUGGUUCAUAAACCUACAGUUGUUGACUUUUUGAUGUACAAUUUAUUCAUUCUCAAGUAUUAAACACAUGAAAUUCAUUUAUAAUUAGAUGUGUAUAUUAAAUUUUUUGGAGAGUUAUGAUUAUAUUUGUUAUGAGUUGAUGGUGCAAUAAUAGAAAUGUCUCAUUCAUUGACUUGUGACACAGUUCACAUAGCAUUGUCACUGCCAUAUCAACCAUGUGUCCCAUUGGAUGUUUUUUGCAUCUUUUCAUCAUCUCCAUUGCAAUUUAAAAGAAAGACACUCAUGAAGGUGUUAUUUGUUUCCUGUACUUUGCGAAACAGUAUUUUAUCAUCAUUCCACACAAACGUUUGAGCUGUUUUGACUUCGCUUCUAAAACUGAGUCAGGAAAGUUUGAUUUCUGAACUGAAGCAGUGAUGUCUUGAUCGUUUUUACAAGCAUUUUACCAAUUUUCUAGUGUACCGCCAUAUUUUGAAAUUGUUGGUGAUUCAGUCAUGGUCCAUGUCUAAAGUAUGAACUGUGUAAAAAUUUGAAAAUAUAUUUUGUGUGCUUCGUAUGCAAAAGCUAGUAUUUCUGGUUGAUUAACCUAGUCAGACAAGGCCCAUGUAUUGAAUAAUGACUGCAUUUACAUUUGUGUAUAUCCUUUUUUUCUUCUUUGAUUGUUUGAAAACCGAAUGCCAACAAUUAAUGUUUUGUGCAUGUCAGGAUUGAACUUUGUGUAUGUUUUGUCUUCACACUGUUUUUCUCUGUCUGCAGUCAGACUGCGGACAAUCACCCUUAUCAUUGUUGAUUUCAUACUUUUUGGGUCAAAGACCUUCAUAGGACAUUUCAUAUCGUUAAUAACGGUGAAAACAAUAAUUGGCGAUCAUUGGCAACACAGCUCUUGUGUCUUAUUAGCUCAGCUGUUUUCGGAGAAAACCCGAGGUAUUGUCAUAGCCUCCGCGUCGUCUGCCGUCCGGCGUCGUGCUAAAACCUUUACAUUGGCUCUAAAAUUAAAGUGCUUCCAUCUACAACUUUGAAACUUCAUAUGUACAUGCACCUUGAUAAGUUCUACAUGCCACACCCAUUUUUGGGUCACUAGGUCAAAGGUCAAGGUCACUGUGACCUCUAAUAUAAAACUUUAACUUUGCCUCUAACAUCAUAGUGCUUCCACCUACAACUUUGAAACUUCAUAUGUACAUGCACCUUGAUGAGUUCUACAUGCCACACCCAUUUUUGGGUCACUAGGUCAAAGGUCAAGGUAACUGUGACCUCUAAUAUAAAACUUUAACUUUGCCUCUAACAUCAUAGUGCUUCCACCUACAACUUUGAAACUUCAUAUGUACAUGCACCUUGAUGACUUCUACACGCCACACCCAUUUUUGGGUCACUAGGUCAAAGGUCACUGUGACCUCUAAAAAACAAUAAAAAAAAUUCUGACAAGCUUUCGCAGCCGAGCGUGGCACCCGUUAUGUGGUGCUCUUGUUUAUCAAGUCCAAUAAUGUUUGGCAGCAAUCAUGAAGCUUUACACCCGUUAAAUGUGCUGAGAUGGAACAUUCCAAGGUUUUUAACGCUUACAGAUCAUUCCAUGUUUUUCAAAGCAAAGGUAGAUUGCAUACAUCUUUACUUUUUUUUAACAUAUUGAUAUUUUGUGUUUGCUUAACAAAUUUUGUAAAGAAAGUGAAAAAAGGUAAGAAUUUGUAUGCAAAACACCCUUGCCUUAAAUGGACCAUGUACGUUAACAAACUAGAAAGUAUAUUUGCUGUUCGCUUGUGUAGCUUUUCACUGCAUGGAGGAAUUUUCUUGAAAUAUUGAUUCAAUGGUUGUAAUUAAAAAGCUGAAAAUUACGUAAACUUUCAAUACUAGCUGAGCUAAAAUAUAUGCUGACCAGGAGAGCUUUGUUUAAAGGACAACUAGCCGGUGUUUAUAUUUAUGAUUUUAGUCUUAUGAUAUUAGUGUGAUUGGAUAAAUACGGGAAAUCAAGGCUUAACAAAUCUGCGUAAAUUUUUUUUUCAAAGAUUUCAGUCCUCGCAAGCUUAUCACAAAUAAUACUUACUUCCAAGACUGGAUUUGUGUAUAGAAAAGACUUGCUUUACAUGAAAAUUCCUUAAAAGCUGAAAGCAUCAUCCCGAAUGAGCCUGCACAGACUUCAUAUAGGCUUACCUAGCACUGAUAUUUUACGUGCAUGCACCCUUUCCCACUCAGAGGUAAAGUGAAAAUGGCUAUGUGCAAACAGCAGAAAACCAGAACAGCCUUUGAGGAAAUCCCAGUCUGUUCAGUUUUAUGCUGUUUGCUGCUCACCAGUAUCUACGGGUUGGAAAUGAAGCCUUUAAAACUUGAAUCUAGUAAGAAAGGUCUUUCAUUAUGUAACUUUGUAAGGAACUACAAACACGUCAAAAACUGUAAGUGGUAAAGGGUUAAAUAUGUAUCUUAGUGGUAAAAGGUUAACUACGUAACUAAGUGGUAAAGGGUUUAAUACGUAUCUUAGUGGUAAAAGGUUAAAUAUGUAUCUAAGUGGUAAAGGGUUAAAUACGCAUCUAAGUGGUAAAGGGUUAAGAAGUAUCUAGGUGGAAAAGGGUUCAUACGUAUCUAAGUGGGAAAGGGUUUAUACAUAUCUAAGUGGUAAAGGGUUCAUUCCAGCUCUCAUAGAGUGUGGCUCAAAUAUAUUUUUACAAAAUUCCUCCAUACAAUGGGGCUUGUGCGGGGCGGUUGGAUUACAGAUACUGUAAGUUCCUUAUUGUAAAUAGUGGCCUUGCAAAUGGCAGCCAUGUUUUUAUUAUUCACAAUAUUUUGUGCUGUGCUAUUGUGUCGUGUUCUGAAAUUUUGUUAAUGAUUUGGAGUGAUUGGUUUUGUCCUGAGACUGUUUUGAGUGUUUUGUAUUACUUUUUAAGUUUAGCCAUUUUAUGGUUAAUUCUCAACCAAAGAAUGUUUUCAUGUAAUGAGUUCAAAUAAUAAUCAACAUGUAUUUUAAUAAGUCUUUAUAUUUAAAAUGUAAUCAUCAAGUUCACUUGCAUCAUAAAAAAAAACACAUGCACUUCAAACAUUCAAAAGAUUUUCCCCAAUGAACGGUAUUAGUUUUUUUUCAUGAUUAAAAUAAAAAUCUUGUAAAAAUAGUUCAUCUUGCAUUAUCCGUCCAUGGAACAAGAGAGUUAUAUAACACAAAAUCAAAACUAUUCAAGAGGAAUAACUCUCUAUCAUGUUUUUCUGAGGAGGAGUCUGUCUCAAGUGUGGUACUGUAACCAUUUGAUGUUAUUAUCAUUUUGUACUUUGUUCUGAACCCAACUUUACUCAUGCCAUGCAAAUUUGAUUGAAAUAAGAUUUAAUGUGAAAUUAGUACCGUAAUGCAAUGUAUUGCCAUUGUUUUUAUUGAGCCACAACAGAAAAAUAAUUUCUGUUAAUAAUUUUAAUGUUUAUAACUUAGGUGCAUUCAACAAAAACAUAGAGUUCUGCGAAGAAAAUUUAAGGAAAAAAUAUAUAAUAAGACUAGACAAACUUAUGCAAGACUAUUAAUGUAAUAAAACAUUUUGGUUUUGUUGGAUGCAAGGUUUUAAUACCUGAUGAAAAACAGUUAAAUUGUCUGUGUUUACAAAAAAUAAAGGUUUUUCAUCUGGUUUUUUUAUAUUUUAGCCAUGUUAUAUAUUUAUAUGUCUCAAACCAACCUUUGUUUUUUCCUUGCAGCUGAUAUAUCUAUAUUUAUCUGUACAUUUUUCUUUAUCAUCCAUUGUCUGCAUUUAUUACAUGCCUUCACAAAGUCUUACAUAUAUUUUUGAAUUAUUUUGAAUUAUUUACUUACAGGUGUUGCUUUUAUUUUGAAUCCUUUUUUAUGUACAUGCAAGUUUAUUCCCUAGUAUUGAACUCAGAGAUGUAUCUUGAAUCUGUAAUAAUUAUAUUCGCUUGUGUUCAAAAAGUUUAUUUGUCAAUAAUAUUUUUUAAUAUGUUGUUAUUGUUUGUAUAUUUGUAACUAUGUUUGUGUCCAUAGUAUCUAUUAAUAUCUGAGCUUAAUUGAGUUUAUAGUGGUACGUUUUUGAUGAAUUGUUCUGUGUCUUUACCAAUAGUGCUUCUGAUUCAUUUUAGCAUAGGGUUAUCAAGUGUGUAUAAAUGUGCAUCCAUUUUCAAGUAUGUAUGUGUUCUAACUAUGUUUUUGUCAUGCAUUUCUGAUAUGUGCUAUUUGUUGUGAAAUAUUGUGAAUAUAGAAGUGUUUCUUUUACAAUAAUUAUUUAUUUAUCAUGUAUAAUUAUCAUUCGUUUAUCCUGAACCGUUAUGCAAAUAUCAAAGGAGCAAGAACCACAACAUUUUAAUCUAUGCCUUGAAAAAACAAAUCUGCUAUUUUUCUACGAAUAUCUGAGACAGUAUGAUAUUUUGGUGUAUUUUAUUACAAUUUUUUUUACAAACACUGACAGACAUGCAUUGUAGUUAAUCCUUAUGCACAAACGUAUAAUGUUUGUGACAUGUUAUAUAAUACUAAAUAUUCUAGGGGUUGAUAAGGUAUUGACAGUUAUUAGCAAAAUAAUUUCUUAAUCUGAUUUACUGUUGUGACCCAAGUUUCAGCAAUGUUUAACACAAAACAGUGUUAUGUAGUCAUAAGAUUUGUCACUGAAGAUGUUUUAAUUUUUGUGAUGCCAUAGUUUGCUGUUGUGCUAGAAUCAAUUAUUGCUAUGUCAUUCCAUGAAAUGUUGAAACGGUUGUGAGUAAAUAAUUGCAUUUACAUGUUUAAAAUAUUUAACAAUUUUGUAAAUUGUACUUUACUUGGUUGCUAUGGUAAUUAUUGAAAAUUAUUCCAGUGAUGGAGUGGAUUUUUGUGUCCAUGAUAACUGUUUCCACCCAUUACCAUGGAGCCUUCUUACCUUGCUCCAUUUUCUUUGUUGGUUUUGUUACUGUGGAAACAAAUUAAUUUGUUUCUAUGAAAACACAUAAGUUUGUUUUCAUGGUUUAUUGAAGACACAAUGUCAUAUUCAAAUCCAGAACAUGCCAAUUAUUUCUGUAAGAGGUUGCAAGGAGUUGUAGAAAUUGCAUAUCCAAUAGAAACAAAUAUUAUACAUAAAUUUGAACUUUAUUAAUAACUAUCAAAAGUAUACUUCCAGGUUUGUUUGAGCAAUAAUGAAUAAUUUAGAUGAUGAAACUUACAGAGGUUUUUACCUUUUAAUUAUUUACAAUGUUUGAAUUUUAUGAGCAUUUUUUGCCACAUAAUUAUAUUAGAAUAUUAGGUGUUGUUGUGUAAAUGUUUUCUGACUGGUCAUAUGACAGCAAGGAACUUAAUCAAAUGUUCUUUUAAUUGUCUUUAUAAAUUUGUUUUACACAUUUUAUCAUUCCAAUUAGCUUUUUCUUUGCUUUCGUUGAAUUUUUGUGUUAUUUUGAAUUCAGUCCAGGAUAGCUUUGAAUUCUAAUAAAUGGUAUGUCAACUGAUUCGUAUCAUUUUCUGCUACACAGAUAUCACAUAAAUUAAAUCUAAACUAUGGUGCUAUGAAUAUUUUGGUACACAAGUUUUGACUUUGUAAGUUUUAUUUCAUUCCAUUUUUCAAAAUAGAAACAUAAUAAAAUGUCUUCAAUUUAAAUUUAAUUUUGCAUUACAUCCCACAAUGGAUGGCAAAUAAUGGCAUAAUAAUCCAAUGCAUGCAUUGUUAAGAAUAAUGUUAUGUCUAUUUGCAUUGAUUAGCUGUUAGGCUGUUUACCAUAAAUGUGGAUUAUUAUUAUGUUAAUCUUAAUUCUUAUUAAAAGGGGAAUUAAUGUAUGGUGAAUGAAAUCAAUAAAGUGACUCAGAACUAAACACACUUCCGUCUAACAACACUUAAAGACAUUGUACUACACAUGUUCUUCUAUUCACAUUUGUAGUAAAUACGUACAUGAAACAAGUAUUUAAGUCGCAAUUUUAUCGUUUAUUAGAGAAAUUAUUAAAGUCCCCAACAUUUAGUGGUAUUGAGUUUACACUGUUCAAUAGGAUGAGCUCUACCAUCUUUUGUUGUAUAUUUAUCCCUGUAUCUAAUGAAGUAUUGAUCUCAAUCAUUCAAUUCAGUCAUCAUUUUAUGCCAUAUCAUUUCAGUAUGAUUAUUUGUAGUUUGUUUUAAUUAUGCUUAUAUUUACCAAAAACAAAUGAACCAAAGUGUUUGAUGAUGUUAUCAUAAUGACAUUACAACUAUUUUAUUGAUUUUUUUAAACACUUCUACUCACUACUGUGUGUUCUUAGCUACAUAUUUCAGUUCAGUUUUGUCGUUUAAUGUAACAGCUUUAAUCUUACCAUUAGUGUUCAUUAUCUGCAUUUAUUGUCUAAUUUUUUAUUUUCAUUUAGUUUUCAUUAAUUUUUAAGAUACUUUUUAUUUUCAAGUCCUUGGUUCAAGAAAGGAUACAAUGUCGUAUACGUUGAUGUCAAAAAGUAAAUAAAUUUCCUUUUAUGGACAGUUAAAACUUCAAAAUUCAGCACCUGUAGCCUAAGAUACGAACAUAACAUUUCCUCCUAUAAAAUGUUCUUGAUCACUUGUGUACAGAGGCCCUUGUACAAAUAUGUCCCUUUGAUAUAUUUUAUAUAAGGUAACACUAUUUGAUUAAUUCUAUCUUUUGCAGGAAAAAAUGUCUUUAAAGUGUUCAUGUAUGCGUUAAAGAUGUAUAUUGUUAUUGAGAAAUAUGAAUAUAUCAUUUAAGUAAGUAAUUAUCUAUGAAUAGUUUGGUCCUAUUAUAUCACAAUGUUUAACAUUUUUAUUUGAUCUCCACUGUAUUAACAUUUUAUUUCAAUUUUCCUUUUUGCUUUCAAUGUGUUCAUUUUAAUUUGUUCCGGUGUCUCUACAUUGUAUAUGUUCGUUUAUGACAUUACUUUUUGUUUCAUUUGAUGGAAUAAUGCCAGGUAAUUAAUACCUUUGUUGACUUACUGGUUCAGACUGGAAUUCAGUGUCUUAAGUGUCAAUCUUAUGUGUUUUCAUUAGUAUUCUGUUAGGGAAAAGUAAAUUAUUAUAUUAAACUUUCAUGCAACAGUUUAUGUUCCCAAAAGAUGUCUGCUAUUUCUUAAUUAUUUAUUAAUUUAAUGUUAUUACUUACAUUGACAUACAUUUGAGUGUUAUAUGAAAUACACUCUACUAUAAUUACGGCUUUAUCAUAAAUUGUUGAUAAAAAUAAUAUUUGAACAUAUACUGAAAAAAUUAGGAAGUCAAUCUUAAAUGUACAUUAUUUUUAGACACAUUUUUCAGAGGUGCUUUUCAUCUUAGACUAUACAAUUGAUUUUAUUGCUAUGUGUUCAUGGUUUAUUAUUUGUUUUGGUUUUUAAUUUCUUACUGUAUACAUGUACCAAAGUCAGUGUGUGUGAAUGACCGUAGUCUGUAGUAAAAUGGUGAAUAAAAAACAAUACCAUUCA